AUGACACUAAAAGGGAUAGGUGGCCACACACCACCUAAUCGUGGUGGUCGUAUACCAACUAAUCGUGGUGGUCAAGGUGUCCAUGUUGGUGAGAGAGCUUCACCCAACACCAACUCUCCCAUUUCUUCUACUCAUCCAACAACUAUGGAAUCUACACGUCCUACCUAUGAAAGACCCCCACUUCCUAUAGGAUCAAUUAUAGUUGAGUAUGAAUCUGACAAUGUUGUUGAUCAAAGGUCGUGGCUUCAUGCUGAAAAAGGAGAAUUUACAACAGCAAAUGGUCCUUCUAUUGUAAUCUCACACAUCAUCAAGAAACAAUUUGAUGAACCCAGUCCCAAUUGGAAGAAAAUUCAAAUUGAACUUCGAGACAUAUGGUUUAAAGAGUUUAAGAAAGAGUAUAGGUGGGAUCCUGAACAAGAACGAGUCAUAAGAUCAAUUUUUGAUACAAAAGGCUCACGUAUUCUGAAAAAUGCAAUGAACAAAGUUAGGACUGGUCAAGAUAAAAGGACUUGGAUUCCAACAACUGUUCGAGCAACCUUAGACCUACAUUGGAGUUCUAUAAAAUUCCAAAACAAAAGUGUCGUUGCCAAGGCAAAUCGGGUUGUUGAGAAGGGAGCCUAUGCAUAUUGUGGUGCUGGAGGUGGAAAUAAAAAGGGUAAUGUGUAUGGACUUGGUGCAUUAAGUAAAAGGUUUACUACUUCUAUAGGUGCUUACUCUAGUACUAGUCAAACUCCAGUAGUUCAUCAAAUAGAAGAAAUGCAUGGAACUAUUCAAAAAUUAAAUGUUGAACUUACGGCAAAGGAUGCCAAGGAGAGGACAUUUGAAGAAAAGAUGAAGCACUUGAUAAAAAAUCACAAGCAACAAAGUGAACGCAUGCAUCAACAAGUUGAGCAAAUGAAACUUAUUUUGCAGCACAUCCAAUUCAAGAGUCCUAUGCCAACUGCUCCUUCUUAUCUUCCUAGUACUGAUGAUAUAAUAGACCAGUCUUGUGAUGGUGGACCAUAG